CACACAAGCACCACAAUAGCCAUAGCCUACAUGACUGCGUUAGACGGAGACAAUGCGAAUGGCGAGACAUCGACGAUGCACGUCUCUCUCAAGGAGCUGACGGAUGCGAUGGACACUGCGGUGUAUGUGGCGGAAAAGUUCCCGUUGGUGGUGGACCCUAGUGGCCAAGCUACGCGGUUCCUCAAAUACCAGCGUGGCACAAUGCUCAUGGUAGCCAACCCGACCGACAUGGAGUCUAAUUCAUUGCGUCGACACCUCAUAGGUGCACUGAAACAUGGCUCGUUGCUUGUUAUCAACUUUGACAGCUUGAUAACGCUGGAGCUGGAACAAUUCUUCACUCCCGACUGCUUCCCGCGCGAAGUAUUUUCACGACAACAACUGUUCUCUCCGGAGGUUUUUGGCAAGUUACUACGACCUAGUGAGGGAGACCCCGAUGCUACAGAGUUUAUCAUCAAUGACCACUUCAAGCUCGUAGUUCUUUGUAGAGCUGAGACGCCGCCACCUACAACAGCGAAGGAGAUGUGUGUCAUCCACGUGCGUUUGCCCUCGGAAGGAGGUAAGCCUGACGCAAGCUCUGAUACUGCCGACUUUGCGAAACUGCUUGGUGUAGCGAAGGAGUCCAAGCGAAAUAGUACGGAAUUAGUUGAGGCAGCUUUUGAUAAUGAGCUGGACAUAGUUGUGAGCUGCCUCGACAAGAAUUACGACAUCGAAAGUGAGGAUGGCCACGGUCAUACUGGAUUGUCGGAAGCCUCUUGUCAGGGACACAAAGACAUCGUGAAUUUGCUGCUUGAGCGUGGAGCUGAUCCGAACAAAUGCAAUGACGAAAAUCGGUCGCCAUUAUACCGUGCAGCAUACAACGGUCAUCUCGAAACGAUGCAGCUUCUGCUAGAAAGUGGUGGAGAUCCGCGACUCCUCUCGAAGCAGGGAGACUCUGCCUACGACGUGGCCAAAAACGCCGAGGCGCAAGCUCUCUUGGCGCAAUGGGAUCUUUCAAAGACCGAUAAACUCGUAGAGGAACGAAGGAAGGUCAUUGAAGCCAAAUGGCAAGAGAGAAUCACUAACCACGUGGAGCGCGAGCAGUUUGCGUUAAUGCAGAUUCACUCGGAGUUGCUAGAGAUCGCACGAGACGGUAUAGUUGAAGAUCUAGAGAAGCGACUAGAGCAGCUCGCUGAUGAAGCGCUAGAAACUGGAGAGCGUCCUCGAGCAUGCGCAGAUAUUCGGGAUGAAAAAGGCUGUACCCUACUUGCACUUGCAGCUCAGUACGAUCGUGUUGAAAUGGUGAGUUUGCUAGUUUCCAAGGGUAAAGCUCUCGAGAUCCAGGCUCGCGAGAUGCUUGCUGCUACUGUAUCAUCAGCGCAGAAGGAAGCUGUAGAGAAGACAACAAUGUUAGCUCGUGUAUGGAAAGUGAAUGUCAAUUCUCGAGACUGUCGCGGUUGGACUCCCGUUGCAAUUGCUGUGUUUCACGAAGCGAAGAAAAGUCUGCGUGUUUUGCUGGACAACGGAGCAGAUCCGAGUCUUAAGAACCAGUACAACAAGAACGCUUACUAUUUCGCCAAAGACGAUCUGGACGCAGCCAACAAUAUUGUCAAAUCCAGAGCGGAGAUUCGCCAAGUUCUGAUCGACUGGGAGAAUGAGCAUCGGCCAGCACAAGUAGCACCUGUACCAGCAUCACCAGAGCAGCCCCGUUCAAAGGCAGGAAAGUUGAGCCCAAAGAAAACUGCUUCCAAAACCCCGAAGAAGACGGUCAACGUCUCCAAGUCUUCUACUGCCGGUGACGCCAAAGCGAAGACGCUUAAAGUCAAGAAAGCCAAGUAG